GUGUAAGACACAACCAUCAUGAGAGUAUUCUGACAUGUGUAUAUAAAUCAUUUAAUAUAAAAUCUAAAAUUGAAAAACUGAUAAAGCAACAUGUUCUUUAUACUGAAAUUGGUGUUAAUAAUCUUAUUAAAUAAAACAUACACGUACAUAAUCCAAGACACUGAAACAAUAUUGCUACCAGCAUGUUAUCCGACAACUGCAAAAAAGAUACCAUUAACUCUGAAACUUUUCGGACAACUGAUACAACUAAACCUGCAUAGAAACGAUCGGAUUGUGUCGGCCGAAUAUGAAAUAUGGAAAUAUCAUAUAAAAGGCGCUACAGCAAAUUUGUCGCAGUUGCAAGCAUCGGAUCCUUGUUUAUAUAUUCACAAGGAUAAUGUCAGUUCGGCGAUUAUCAACUUUUGUGACGAACAUGGUUUGGAAGGACUCGUUUUUCUGAAAAACGACAACUUGAAGAUUAGACCUUUGCGGAACAAUUUUGCGUCUUUGUCUUUAGUCGAUAACAUUUGCUUUGAGGAACAAAUGAAUCUUUCAUUCGGCAAAUCUCACCUUAUCAAAAAGUCACUGCAAAGUUUUGAUACUUCCUAUUUUUAUUCUUUUUUUGACAAUUUCAAGCCAAAGCGACGUGACGUACGAAAUACUGAACAAAAACUAACCAUAGAAUUGGCCGUUUUCGUUGACGAUGCAGCAUACAAAAUUCACAUGCCUAUUUUGGACUAUAAUAAAGACAGAUUACACAAUAUGAUAUUAGCAUACGUGAAUCAAAUCCAAGCUAUGUUCCAUCAUCCGAGUUUGGGUGUUUCUAUUGAUAUUUCGUUGGUAAAAUUGAAAAUUAUGGACCAACAUCCGUCAGAAUUGCCUGUCUUUUACGGCGACACUGCAAAAAUGUACACGUCGUUUUGCGAAUACGCGGAAACUUUCAACCCUUCAGGCGACGAUAAUCCGGGUCAUUGGGACCUUGUUCUUCUCUUAACCGGAAUAAAUCUUUUUAUCUUGCCAAACCCGCAAGAUGAAACACAACGGAAUUUUGACAGCUUGGGAAAUUCUUUCUUCAAUGGAAUAUGUGGAUUGGGGAAAUACUCUUGUGCCAUAGUAGAAUUUGGUGCUACAUUUAAGACACCAUCUGCUUUUGCAACGACACUUCCUGUUCAUGAGAUCGGUAAUGUUUUAGGAAUAGAACUCGAUGACUCGUUUACCAAUCCAAUGUGUGCAAAAAGCACGCACAUAAUGAGAAAUGCGCUCUACUAUAGAAACCAGGGAACAUGGUCCGAGUGUAGUCGUAAAACAGCAAAAGAACUCUGGAACACAAAAUUGUGCCUUCGAGAUCGUUCGAGAAUGAAAGUUCUUGAUGACGCAAAUGAAUUGGAUCAUUCGCGUUAUCACGAUUUACCCGGGAGAGAAUGGACCGCCAAAGCACAAUGCGAAUUAUAUUUGCUUGACAAAGAUGCAAACGUAGUCACGUUGCAUGAUAUAUGUCAAACUUUACAAUGCGAAUCGCCUUACCAUAAUACGUAUUUCUUCGCGGGAUCCGCACUAGACGGAACUCAUUGCGCACUGGGAAAAGAAUGUCGUGGAGGAGAAUGCGUGCCUGUUCUCGAACCGCCAUACAUUUUCAAGUAUUGUUACGAAGAUAACUGGAGUGAAUGGAAAGAAGGCCCCUGUCAAAUGAGUUGCUUGACGAAAUCUAAAGGCGUAAUUGUCAAACGACGUUCUUGCAAACAUGGAACUCACAGAACGGCAAGUUGUGGAGGGCCAUAUUACGACGUAGCCUUGUGCGAUGACAAGAAGCUUUGCCCUCAAUAUCGCUUGACAAUCAUUGAGGAGUUUACUAGGCAGAAAUGCGAUAAUUUUAUCGAUGCUGCAGAGCUUGAAGGAGUUACAAUUAACUUGCAAAAAGGACCGGGAAAACAAGUUUAUCAUGAUAUCAAGAAACCGUGGAUGGCCUGUAUUGUAUUCUGCCAACAAAAAAAUUUAUCUUUUUUCAACGAAAAUUCAUAUCUGACAAUGCUCGACCACGGUAUCAACCCAUAUUUUCCAGAUGGAAUGUGGUGCCACAACGAAAAUGGCCGGAAUUACUACUGCCGCCAGCAUUACUGUCUGCCGGAAAACUAUUCAUACGAAGAAAAUAAUUGUAAAAAUGUAAACCUUAUGUGUCAAUAAGAAUGCAAGAGAUGAUAAAACCGCAAAAUGCUCGGAAAUUAAUUCAAAAUUGUUUGCAAUUUAUUUAGUGUCUAAUCUAAUGUCCG